CUCAGGUUCAGAACAGUUCCACAAUAUUUCGAUAUCCACUGCUGCUACCACCUUUUGAACAAGCUGUAUCACUACCCAAAAUGUUCUUUACAUCUACACUACAACAUCUACAACCAUCCUCCACCCCCAACUCUAAGCUCUGAGAGUCCUAAUAAGAUUUAUCAAAUCAGGUGACAGUUGGUAAUCUUUCAUCCUAAGGAAAGCAUCCUACAAACAUCAGAGAAAGGCAGAAAGGAGAAGGAGGUGGAUCAAGAGGGACAGCGAAAGAUCAGGGAUAAAAUUAAUAUAGAGAAAAGAAAGACUACUGAGAAAGUGAAAUUAGCAGAAGAGAUUCUAAAGUGGAGGACUGUAGAGAAAGUAAAGCAGACGUUUUUAAAAAGAAAGGCUAGGAACGGCUACUACUGAUGGAAUAAAGAAAAACGUAUCUCCAACCAUAUGUUUUUUGAUAACACCUAUUGGUGUAUUCUAUAUAAACAGGGUUGUUGUAACUGGAUAUAAAGUAUGAACAUUUGAAAGCGGAAAAGACAGAUAAAGAAGAAUCAGGAAAAAGAACAUAUAGCGAAAACAGAUUUCUGCAUCAAAGGAGGGCUUAGAAGCCCUCGGCACUGAACGGAAAGACGCAGACACCCAAGGUCCAGGAGUUGGAGCAGGCAGAGGAUCCUGACACAGGAGGGGACAUCUCAGAGAUGGGCAGCGGAGCCAGUGCAGAAGAUAAGGAGCUGGCCAAGAGAUCUAAGGAACUGGAAAAGAAACUACAAGAGGAUGCAGCAAAAGAUGCCAAGACUGUCAAGCUCUUACUGCUAGGUAUGAAAUGGGAAAAAUGUUAGAACAUUUACAUAAUGAGUUUAAAGCAGAUGUGGUGAGGAUGCACCAGAAGGCUUGAGAGGGGUUGGAUGGGGAGUUUGGUAAAAAAUUUAGGCAUCUGCAUACACUCAUGCUCAGGGGGUGAAGAGUUAUUCAUGGGAAUAUGGUAUUGAGGUAUUGACUCUUAAACACCCACAUUUUAGCUGACAGAAUAAAUAUGAAUAAUCUGCCACUCAAUCAUGUCAAACUAAAAAUACACAGUCUUUAAUAUAAGAUAAAUUAUAUGUUCGAGUGAAAAGAAAAGAUUAUUAAUGAGACAGUUGAUAGUUACUACUCUAUACUACUCUGUACGUAGACUCCAUUAUAUUUUCGUGGUACGCACAAAGACACAAUAUCUUUUCUGUGUCUGCAUGGUGACAUACGCCUGAGCUAAGUGCUCAUUCCUAUCUUUCAUGCUUUUAAUCCUAUAAUAUAGCAGCUGUUGCUCAUUAGCUUGAUGAUUUUCUGAAGCUGAUUAACGGGAGCAUUAACUCUUCAAACACAAAAAGUCAAGGUUUAUUAUAAGGAAAAGGUCAUUUUGAAUGUAAAUUGAAGUUGACCAGGAUACCUGGUCAGCCCAUUGGUGAUGUAGACAGUAUGAGGGACUUGGAAGAUAAGAGCCUGAUUAUCGUAUCUUCAUUAAUCUGAAAUAGUACUAUUAUAGAUCGUGUGAACUAUAAAACAUUAAAUAACGAAUUAUAAUAAUACUGCAAGACAUUUUACCAUGUUGCAAUGUUAGCAUUUCUUUUAUUUCCAAAGAAAGACUUUCAUUUGUGCUCUUAAACUGGACUUUUAAUUAGUAACCAUGGUAGCAACUACAAUUAGGUAGCUCCUCCCUCUCAUAGCACAUUGUAGGGAGCCUCAUCUGCUAUGACUGUACAGUGCUACCCAAUGCAUCUGCUCCCAUUAUUUGUCAGGAAAUGACACAUCAGGUGACCUUCUGUCACAUUUCUUGCCCAAACCACAAAUAAAUAAAUUUUAUGCACAGCACUGUUAAAGUAUCACAGGUACUUGCAGGGCCGCCAUCAGGGGGUGACAACUAUAACGGUUGUCAUGGGCCCGGCGGCCCUGGGAGGCCCCACGUGUAGCGCGGAACUGCUGACGGGGCCCAUCGGGUGCCCCACGCACUUAGGGCCACCCGAUGGGUCCCGUAUCUUCAGGUGCCCGGUCAGCGCUGUGGCUGUGGUAUAGCGCGACCGGGUCCCUUUAAAAAACAAAAAAAUGCCGCCGCAGCACAACUGCUGCUGGGAGGAAGUGGUCACUUCCUCCCAGCUCACUCCGCGCGGGAGGAGCGCGCGCCCGGCAGUGAAGAGGGAGAGCCAGCCGACUCCCAGUCCCAUCAGCCCCAGCCACCCUCCUGCAAAGACAAGGUAAGAGACAGGAGGGUGGCUGGAAAAUGAGCUGUGUGUGUAUGUGUAUGUGAAUGUUUGUCUGUAUGUAUGUUUUUGUCUGUAUGGAUGUAUGUCUGUAUGCAUAUCAUUAUGUGUGUAUGAAUGUCAGUGUAUGUAUGUCUGCAUGUCAUUAUGAAUGUGUGUAUGUCUGUCUGUAUGAAUGUAUGUAUGCCAGUAUGAAUGUCUGUCUGUAUGUCAUUAUGAAUGUGUCUGUAUGUCCUUAUGCAUGUGUGUCUUUAUGUAUGUGUCUGUCACUAUGUACGCCUGUGUGUCUGGAUAUGUGUGUAUGUCUCAGUAUGUGUGUGUCAGUAUGUAUGCCUAUAUGCGUAUCAGUAUGUGCGUCUGUUAGUAUGUAUCAGUGUGUGUGUGUAUCUGUGUCCUUUUGUAUCAGUGAAUGUGUUUGCGUCUGUGUGUGUAUUCCUGUGGGUGGGAUUUGGAGGCGGUCUCUGUGGGCGAUUUUGGAGGCGGGCCCCCAGGGGCCCAGAUCCUGAGCUCAGUUAGGGGCACCAAAAUUUCUGGUGGCGGCCCUGGGUACUUGUACACAAUGUAAUGUGGAUCAUUCUACCCUAGGCCUUUGGUAGGUAGUGAAGGCAAAUUAUAGUACACAUUUCUCUAGGUACAUAAGAAAGUCUAGUUUUAGUAUGAUAUAUAGUGAUGUCCCGAACUGUUCGCUGAACGGUUUGUGGCGAACGGUUCGCCGCGGACUCAUCAUUGAGUAAACUUUGACCCUGUACCUCACAGUCAGCAGACACAUUCCAGCCAAUCAGCAGCAGACCCUCCCUCCCAGACCCUCCCACCUCCUGGACAGCAUCCAUUGUGAAGCUGCAUUCUUAGUGAGCUGUUUCCUGCCUUUUUCUCCCAUCUUUAUAUUCAUUUCAUGAAUGGACCAUUGCACAAAAAACUCUUUUGAGAUACACCAAAAGUGCCAAUUUCCUAACAUUUCUCUAUUGUGAUCCCAAUUUGAUAGGUACUUAUACCUAUGGACCCUUGGUGGGUUUUGCUGUCCCACCCCCUGGACAUUUUUAUGAAACAAGGAAAUGAACUCCUAGCUGCUAUAUCCGCUACUCUACACCUGCUCUUAAUCUCAUUGAAGUGGUCUUGGUGCAUUGUCCAUGUUCCCUUAGCCCUGCAAUGUAAAACAUUGCCAUUUUAGAGAUAAGACUGCCUCUAGUGGCUGUCUACCAAACAGCCAGUAGAGACACUUCCUGCUGUUUCAUGGAGUAUAACAAUGCUGGACAUCCUCACGCUUUGCAUAAAGUUGUUCAGUGUUUUUAAAAACUCCAUAGGAAAGCAUUGAUUCAAAGCUAUCUUAUGGGGAAGCCCAGGCUUCCGAAUCUCUGAGCCUGCGGUCUGCAGAGUAGGAGCUUUAUCCAGCGCCAUAGGACAUCAGCACUGGAAUCAGGUGAGUAAAAAAGGGCUAUUAACCCUUUAUUUGUCACUGGGGGAAGGGGACACUACAGGAGCAGAGGGACAAUAUACUGUUAGAAAUAACAGUUUUGUAUUCCUAACACUACAGUGUUCCUUUAAAUAUUUAAUAUCUUUAUUUACUCAUUUAUUAUUGCUUUGUUCAUCCAUGCUGCUAACUGACAGAUGUACCUUUUGUUUUCUGUAUGUUGUAAACACUGAUCCCAAUAUAAUCUAGCACUUUGUACACCUUGUCAGUGUUAAAUAAAAAUUAGAUUAAAAAGGGGGAAGGGCUCAAAUCCAGCAUUUAAUCAACUCUUGGACUGAACUUCUAUAAAUUCGGACUAAGACUUUACAGAACUGUACACAGGGUGCCAUGUUAUAUUCCCUCACAUCUAUCACACUGUUGCUCCCUUCCCUCUUUUUCACCUUUUUGUACUCUUUGCACCCCAUACAUUUUUGCGCACAACAAUAUUUUCUCACUUAGCAUACCAACAUUUCCUGUUGGUUUUUUCUCUAUUCUUCAAGCUAAAAAGUAAUUUGCCUAAUGGAUGAUUUCACAUCCAGUUGUCUUUUUAUGGGAUGGGCAGAUGUCUCUUUGGCAUCCAAAAUCUUUCUGUAUAUUUUCCUUACUAGAUAUCGUAUAUUUCUAGGAAUACAUAAUGUCUUAUGUGUGUAUGAUGGUAAACAUGUGUAUUGGAGAGCUUUAUUGCUAAAGAAAUGUCAUUUAUGUGUGAUUAAAGUGCAGUAAAUUUGUUCAGUAAAUAUGUUUCCCAGUUAGUGUUUGUUAUGUGCUGUAGUGGUUAUGUUGGCAGGAGUGACCUGCCUCUAUGUAAGUAGUCAAACCGUUUCCCAAUUGGUAACAGCUUACCUGGAGUCUGACGGGCGAUAGUCACCUCCACCAUUGAGAGAUGGAAUCAUUCUUCUCUGAGUAAGCUGGGCAUAACAGGGCUUAGCUCAUUGGCUGAGAGUGAUCAGCUGACGAUCAUCACAGGAGAGCUUACUGAAUCCUUGCAGGAACGUCUUGCUCCCAAUGGAUGAAUUGACUGGGCCACAGGGGUUCCCUGGCAAAUCAUCACACCAUUAGCAAACUGUUUAACUACUUGAAUUGGGGGAACCAGCAACUCUUGGCACCAAAACCGCUGCAUCACUCUGUAGUGUUUAUGGUGCCUGUAAUGUUCCUUUAACCCCUUAAGGACAGAUGACAUGUGUGACAUGUCGUGAUUCCCUUUUAUUCCAGAACUUUGGUCCUUAAGGGGUUAAAGUUACCUAAAAUGACUGGUCACAACUGCAGCCACACCCUCUUACACAAGUGUCCAUUUUUAACUCUGUAUUGAGCUGUGUUGAAGGUACAGGAGAAGUCCUAUUGUUUUCCACCAGGUGAGAAAGCUUAGCUUUAAGUACUUAUGAGCAAUAUCCUUUGUAUUCUUCAAGUCAGUUGUUUGUUAUUUUUAAGGCAAGCCCCUGAAAAUUAAAGUAAAGAGUUUAAAAAAAAAAAAAUAUUUUGUAUCACUGUAAUACUCCUAUAAUAGUUACACGGCAAGGUAGCACAGAAGGGUCUGGUUCAGCUGGAGAAAGAAUAGAACAAGCUGUGUUUACACAGCGCCAAAAGAAAUAAUUUAGGCCACAAGAGUUCAAUCCGUGUCAGACUAUCAAAAAUCUGAAUUCGCAAACUCAGUCCAAAAGCAGAUGUGAAAACACACAGAGAGCAGAUAGGAAAGUUUCAGUAGGGUGACACAGAUGGUGAAGUAAGUGUUGCAAUCAUAGUGCUCGAUCCGGAAUAAGAGAAGAAGACAAUCUAACAGUGUAUUUUCCUGGUAGAAGGCAGGAUUAAUACACUAAUUCCUAGCACUCAUGGGCAUCCAUUUUUCAGCUUGUUCUGCUAAUUUUUGUGUGAGAUUUAAAAUGGACUGCAAUGUGUAUGGAGAGAGACAGGGAUAGGAAGCUGCAUCUUAUCCCUGCUUCUCUCUGACUGAAUCCGCAGGGGAGCAACACAUACAGCCAGCAGAGACAGCCUAGAGAUCAGGGAAGUGAGGGAUGGGGGAGAGGGGGUAUAUGUAAGGCAUAUGGGGGGGCAGAGAUAGUCUAGAGAUCAGGGAAGUGAGGCAUAUGGGGGGCAGAGAUAGCCUAGAGAUCAGGGAAGUGGCAGGGGGCAGAGAGCCUAGAGAUCAGGAAGUGAGGCAUAUGGAGGGGCAGAGAGAGCCUAGAGAUCAGGGAAGUGAGGCAUAUGGGGGGCAGAGAUAGCCUAGAAAUCACAUGGGGGGCAGUACAGAUCAUCAAAGUGAGGCAUGGGGUGGGGGGCAGAGAUAGCCUACAGAUCAUCAAAGUGAGGCAUGGGAGGAGCAUACAGAUCAUCAAAGUGAGGCAUGGGUGGGGCAGAGAUAGCCUACAGAUCAUCAAAGUGAGGCAUGGGGGGGGGAGGCAAAGAUAGCCUACAGAUAAUCAAAGUGAGGCAUGGGGGGGGCAAAGAUAGCCUAUAGACCAGGUAAGUAAGAAAUGGGGGAGGUAAAGUAAGAGAAGGAACAGAAAGGAGAAGCAAUAGAAAUGAGAAGAAAGGGGCAGCAAGGAUCUUAAAAGGACAACAAGGCGCACAACAGGUAAAGUAGGAGAAGGAACACAGAAGAACACAAAUGAGCAGGAAGGGGCAGCAAGGAGCAGGAAUGGUCUGCAAUGAGAAGGAAGGGUCUGCAAGGAGAAGGAAGGGUCAGCAAGGAGCAGGAAGGGUCAGCAAGGAGCUGGAAGGUAAAGCAGCACAAAGGUAAAGUAGAAGGAGCUGAAAAUAGCAGCAAGGAGCAGGAAUGGACAGAAAGAGCACAAAGGUGAAGUAGGCGAAGGAACAGAAAUGAGCAGGAAGGGUCUGUAAGGAGAAGGAAGGGUCUGCAAGGGGUAGGAAGGGUCUGCAAGGAGAAGGAAGGGUCUGCAAAGAGCAGAAAGGUAAAGGAGCAGAAAGAAUCAGAAGGAGCACAAAGGUAGUAGGAGAAGGAACAGAAAAGGGUAGCAAGGUGCAGACAGGGACAGCAAGAAGCACAAAGGUAAAGUAGGAGAAGGAGCAGAAAGGGUCUGCAAGGAGCAGAAAGAUCAGAGAGAGACAGGAGCAGAAGGGGGAGCACAAUAAGCAGAAAGUAGCAGAAGGAGCCAAGGAGGAGAGAAGACAAUGUCAGAAGAAAAAGAAGACUGUGUCAAAUGAAGGAGAAGAAAAGGAGACUGGAGCAGAAAGGACAAGUGAAGUGAACCCUCCACUUUAUAAGGCUUUGGUACCUGGGCCUGGCAGGGAAACUUUGGACCUUCUCAUCUCCCCAGAUCUACUGAGUGUCAGGAAGCACAGAGGGCCGCUGGGGAGGGGUGUCGCUGAUUGGCUAGAGCGGUCAGCUGGCACUCUAAGCCAAUCAGUAGCUCCCCAUUCAUAAAAAAGUAAAAAAAAUUAUGAACCGGAACUAGCGAUUGGCUUAGAGCGUCAACUGACCACUCUAGCCAAUCUGUAGCACCCAUGCCUGACGUCAAUCUGCACUUCCUGACACUCCGUUUGAGAAGCCGAAUACCACUGAGCGACCUGGAAAUCUGGAGCUGGAGGAAGCCUUUGGGGUUAAACCAUUUGAGAGCUUUUAACCCCUUAAAGGAAAGAGAGCACCCAGGGGCUUCCUGGCAUCAUAGCAUUUUCAUUUAGAUGAAGUUGUUAUGGUGACCAGAAUGUUCCUUUAAUUUGCUUAAAGGAACACUAUAGUGUCAGGAAUACAAACACCAUAGUUGUGAAAAUUACAAUUAUGCCUCCCCCCCGGGAACAAUUCUUGUGGACGCCCAUGCACCUGAUCCCAAGCUUGAUGAGUUCUGACUAACAGCCUGCCCUGGCCUCAAGACAAACCAUGCAUCGAGCUCAGCUGAAUCGCUCAGAACUUGUUCCUGUUGCCCAGACCCUGCCUACAUUUUUAAAUCUGCCAAUAGAUUUCAAAAUGCAGGACAGGUCCCUGGGAACUACUUAUCCAAACUAUUAAUGUAUAAUGCUGUAAAUGUACAGUUAAUCUUGUUAUUACAGAAUAGCUUGCAAUUAAUAUGGCAGGUGUGGAGUUAUAAAUAUAGGUUUAUAUAUGACUCCUGUAGUGGAGCUGCAAUAUUAAAAUCAAUAUCUCCGCUUGUAGACUGUAGAACAUCAAAGAGAAGCGCAGUGUAGCAAUAUAAUCCCAAUUUCCCAGGUAACUGGACGAUACACAGUUCUGGGAGUCAACUGAUUUUUAUUCAGCCACAGCUGGCUUUUAUUCAACUCCCCAUGCAAAGGGUUUCUUAAUUCCCAUUCCAGGGGUUUUCCCCUAGUGGACCUGAGUGGAGACAUGCAACAAAUAAACAUUUCCCAAACUCCUCCUCUGUACCUGGAAGAUGAUUGAGUAAGAACAACUCUUUAAUUACAUUAUCUCCCGGGUGCAGAAGAUAUACAAUAGUUAUAACAUCCUAAAAACAUGUUAAUGUUAAUACUUCAGAACCUCCCGAAAGUUACUUUGUCGAAUAGCUGGGAUCUGAGCGCCCACUUUGUCAAAAUAUCACUCUGAUCCAUUUCGGGGUUUCGGAACGCCAUUCAAAUAAAGUUCCGACCGGUCGACCACGAGGUGAAGCCCCAAAACAGUUCCAGAGAUUAUUAGGCUUUGACCGGUCUUCUUUCGGGAGUAUGAAACAUAGAAAAUAACGAAUGGAACCAUUCGUAUAGCAGGGGAUUGUGUGCCCCUCAUUCGGGAGUUUGUUUUAUACGAAUGCCGCUUCUUCCAGGUGAACUGAACAGAACACAUGAAGGGGUGGUAGUUCAGCAGUGUUCGCACCGUCGAGUGUCCGAUUAUAGUUCCAUGCACUCGCGACCAAACACCGCUGUCUGUGUUCGUGGAGAUAGAUGGCCGCCGCACGUGUUUGGUCAUACGAACGACGGCCGCCUAGAACCUUGCGGUUUCUAAGUGUGAAUAAGGUUAAUAGGGUCAAUUGGAGGCACACGACUCCCCUGGGUGGUCCAACUGUUUGGUAGAUGGUUCGGUAUACGAACAAUUUAGCUCCAGUCUGUUCAGGUGACCCGAAUUGUCAAACCUGAUAAGUCUUUGACAUGAACAGAAUGGCCUGUAAUACAAAUAGGUGGCUGGUUCCACCACAACUAUGAAUUCAUACAAGGAUUUAGUGCCAUACUGUGUUGUGGAAAAAUAUGUGGUUUUGGGUGUUUUGUUUUUUAGAGGGGUUUAAGUCAAUAUAUACGGAAGGUGCAAAACAUUUACCCUAGCUAACCACCUAAUAACUACCCUGUAGAAUUCGUCCAAGUGUCUGUCACCUAAAAUCUCUACUGCGAUAUAGAUUGAUUCAGUCAGCAGUGCCAAGUCCAUGUAAACAGCAUUGCUCUCACUCUAUGUAUGUUUUGUUUCUUUUUCACAGCAGCCAAUUAAAUCCUUAAAUUAUGUUUAAUCACAUGACUCUCUCUUUGUACUCUCUAUUUAUUUAUUGAUAAAUAAUGAUCAUUAGUACACAUUCCUAUUGUAUUUUGUUCUGGUAGCGGCUCAAACACUUGAAUGGAGUCAGGCUUUGGGAGUCUUGUCUUAAAUUUCAUUUUCUAUACCAAUCAUGCACUUUUUCCUUGUUUAAACCACAUGUGGGGAAGUUAAUUUGGCCAACGGGUCACUUGAAAACUGAAAGCACUUUGAAAACCAUGGCUGGAAUGAAGGAAAUCUCCUCUUCCUCAGUAUUAUCAAUAUAUUAUAUAAUAUAUUUCAAGGUUGUGACAUUUUAUUGUGACAGUAAACAACACUGGGCUAGCUGAAUCUAUCUUAAAGUAGGAUGUAAGUUACUUAGACAGACCACUAACUGUAGACAUUUAACCAGAACAAACACUUUCACCCACAGACUGACCACUCGGAUAUUUGUAACUUCAUAGGUGACUUUCCAGAUGACCAACUUGGGCUAGAAGGUUGAAGCAGAAUUAUCACAACUGAGAAUUUAGUAUAACCCAAUAGCCAACUAAUCACUAGCCAUGUUUUGUGGAUUGUUGCUAUUUCUGUAAAUACAAAUGUUGUUUUCAAUUUAUUGUGUAAAGAAAUGUAACCCCCAAGGGUGAAAUGCCAAUGUGCACAUUGACUCUUAAUGCACUUCUCAGCAACUUCACAAAUGAUAAGGUUAAAGGAACAAAGCAACUAUAGAUUUUCAUUAAUAGCUUUUUGACUAAAGCGUUCGGUCUAGAUCGGGAGUAGCCACUCUAGAUGUUAUGGACUACAUCUUCCAUAAUGCUCUUUUUAUUAUUAUGUUAUUAUUUAUAUAGCGCCAAAAAAUUCUGCAGCGCUUUACAGUGGGUGGAUGAACAAACAUGUAGUUGUAACCAGACAAGUUGGACACACAGGAACAGAGGGGUUGUGGGCCCUGCUCAAUGAGCUUACAUUCUAGAGGGAGUGGGGUAAAGUGACACAAAAGGUAAGGAUAGUACUAGACUAAUGACAGUUUCAAGAGAGGAAUCAGUCGGGAGCUAUUAACUGUUUAAUUGAUACGCUUUUAUGAAGAAGUGGGUUUUUAAUGAUUUUUUAAAGGAGUGGAGACUGGGUAAGCAUCUAACGGAGGAGGAAAGUGAGUUCCACAGGAGCGGUGCAGCCCUCAAGAAGUCUUGAAGGCGAGAAUCAGAGGUGGGAAUACAGACAGUAUUGCAGCCACAAUGCUGGCAAAGCGUCAAGGGUGAUGUAGUCUACAACAUCUGGAGUGCAGUAGGCUGCCUACCCAUGAUGUAGAUAAUAUUUAAAAAAAUAAAACCAAUCCCAGAUUAUUGAGGAACCAGAUUAAAAAAUGCAUUACAUCCUCUUCUGCUGCAAAUAAUCCAUAAAUGGCUGUCAUAUAAUGAAUGGACCUGAUUAUUCUGUUGCGCUAUAAGGAUCCCAAACCAUAUCACCAUAGAGGUGGUUGUACAGGUGACGUCACUGUGCCAUCUCAGCAGGCACUCUAUCAGUAUGUAAUCUAAGUGCAGGAUGAGACCCCGUUCAUUGUAACCAAUAGAGAUAAAAGCAGAAAUGAUCAGCACUCUGCAAAUAAUUCCAGCUUCUAUUUUCAUCGAACCUGCAAACACAGUCAUUCAUUCAUUAUUAGUCUAAUGGCUCUAAAGUACAACUCAACAAGAACCCAGUGAUUCAACGGGCAGCUGAUAAACUGAUUACGUUGAGUGUAGUUUAUUGUUAAAUUGUGCAUUUCCACACUUCUAUUGUGGUCAAAGGACCAGAAACAUAACAUAUAGUACAGGAAUUAAACUUUGCUAUGUGGCUGCCUUCUGUCUGGGUAAUGUGUGGCCUCCGGCUUCUUACUUUUUUAAAACAAUGCUUUCAACUGAAAAAAAGUUGUGUUAACUGUCUAUUCAAUGUACCCCAUAGCACAGAAAUGCACAGAAGUCAACACAACAAUGCACACCCCUCUGGCAUUAAACUGUUUAACAAAGGGAAAAAAAGGCAUUGUCUUGUUUUUGAUAUAGCUCACUGUGUCAUUUGGUAUCUUUACAGGUGCAGGAGAGUCAGGGAAGAGUACAAUUGUCAAACAGAUGAAGUAAGUGACAUCAUGAAUUCAUAUGAAGUGUCCAGUUUCUUGCCAAUCUCUAUGUCAUGUAUGGGUGAAACCUUCUGACAAAUAGUGUUAUUCAUUAAAGUUCAGAUGUAGUCCAGUUUUGCAAAACAAACAAACAAACAAAAAAUUUAAUUAAAUUCUCAUAUUUACUAAAGGCAAAUCUAAAAUUUGGUAAUUUUAACCAAACGAGUGCAUCUUAUUCAGUACCAUCCAGUGUCUGAUUUAAAAUCACUCAUGCUCACAAAUCCUAUGUAAAAUAUGUGAUUCAAAUAUUUCUUAAACAGAAUUUCAACCAGAUUUACUGUGCUUUUUGUAGGUGAAUUGGUCACAAUGUUAAAUCAUUAUUUUUAAAAGAUUUAUCUACAGAAGGUAUCAUUAUAUAUUUUCUUAACAGAUUGUGAUAAUUUCUGAUAUUGAAACAAAUAAUUAAGUUGAGGCCAUAGUGUGUCAAAGGAACACUCUGCACACCAUACCAAUUUAAUUGAAUUAAGUUGUUAUGGUGAAUGGAGGCCCCUGGCGCUGAUGUACCUUAAGGGGCUUAACCGUUCAUGAUGGGGCACCAAUCAGUGGUGCCCCUUCCCAGUAGCUUUCCUAAGCUUCCUUUCUGAAGAGUUUGAGAAGGAGGUGCGGAGGGGGCAGGAGAAACGGCUUUGAAGACGAGACUUGGAUGUUAAACUGUUCGUAAAAGUAAGCCAGCUCCAGGGACCUCAUGGCAUCAUAACAACUUCAUUUACAUGAAGUUAUUAAGGUGCCCAAACUAAAAUUUAAACCAAAUUUGCAGGCAGAUAAUGGCCACUUCUGUUGAAUUGCAUUCCAUCAUUAGGUUCCCAAUUUUCUCCAUUUUGUUGCAUCCAGACAGGUUAAAAUCCAGAAUAAACAUUAUUUUACUUCAGAGUAAGUGUGUUGCUCAAUCAGGACAUUGGAAAAUACUGUGAUCAAUGUCUGCGUGUUGUAGUUGUAAUGCCCCUGGAUGGUACAGGAGUAUUUUUUUUGUUAGCUAUAUCAUUUGCAUUCUGUCUUUAGUGACUAACUCUGAUUACGUCUUCUGGGGUUGCUUGCAUAAAAGGUCUACAAAUCACGUAGCCUGUUAUAAUCUAUUGGUAAAUCUAUAAAAAUCUAUGGGUGUUCAAGCAUGUAUUGGAGGAAACUAAUGCCAUGUUGGACUGGGCAAUAUUUCACUUAAGAGAGAACAUAUGCAGUACUGUUAUGUAACUUAUUGGAAUGGCAAAACAAGGUCUCCUGUCACCCUGUCUAGCCAUACUUCAUCAUGUAUUUGUGUUAACGCUUAUUCUCUUUACCACACUAAUAUUAUCCCUCGCACUUCUUUUUCCAAGGAUCAUCCACCAGGAUGGAUACACAGAGCAAGAGUGUUUGGAGUUUAAAUCUAUUAUAUAUGGAAAUGUGCUGCAGUCUAUUCUGGCCAUAAUCCGAGCCAUGUCCACUCUGGGUAUUGACUAUGGGGACAGCAGCAAAGCGGUUAGUGUGAAAACAUAUACUCCUAGUCACUAGACAACAAAAAGAAUUCAUAUAUUUUGUGUUUAAGGUGUUUACAACUAGUUGGAUGCAGCAAGCCAUGGGUGGAGGAAUCCAAAUAAAUAUCUAGUCAUGGUUGUUAGCUUUUAAAAUUAGAUUAUUUGUUUUUACUCUUUAAAGGGACACUAUAGGCACCAAGACCACUUCAGUUCAUUGAAGUGGUCUGGGUGCAGUGCCUCAGGUCCCUUAACCCUGCAAUGAUAAUUAUUGUAGUUUUUAAUAAACUGCAAUAAUUGCCUUGGAGGGUUAAAGCUACCUCUGGUGGCUGUCUAGCAGAUAGCCACUAGAGGGACUACCGAGUCACUAGGUGACUUUUGGUCGCUAUGCAUGAGGACAUCCAGCAUCACUCAAAACCCAGUAAAAAAAAGUAUUACACACACUUUCCUAUGGGGGAAAUACUAAUGCUCAUUAGGUCUUCCCCCACCAAAUGACGUUAGCAGGAAAGGAAUGGAGGCUUAGCCCUAAUCAGCACUGAGGGAUAUCGGCACUGGACUCAGGUAAGUGACAGAAGGCAUUUUUAACAGACAAAGGGGGGCACUAUAGUGCCAGGAAAACUACUUUAUUUUCUUGGCACUAUAGUUUCCCUUUAAGAAAGAUGAGAAAUGCAAAAUAUAUAUUUGAAGAAGUUGGUUAUCCUCACAUAACUCUUAAAAAAAAAAUUACAAUUCAUCAAGAUGCAAAAAUAUUAGGAAGUUUUUGAAUAAUUAUUUUGUGAGAAAAUGCGUAUUUAUUUACAUUAAAAAGUGAGGACAUAGCUGAGGAAUAGAUUAUGCCCUGUAAACACUGUCAAGGUGUGGCAAUGGUUCCCAGUUGUCGAGGCAUAGCUCAUAAAUGUUGUGAAUAGUAUUGCUCAAUAAUUAUUAUUUUUUAAUUACUAAUUUUUUAGUUCUAAAUAAUGAUAUUGUGGGAAAGAUUUAUUAAAAGGUUACCCUAAUCAUCAUAACCACUACAGUCUGCGCUGUGGCAGUGGUUAUGUUGCCAGUAGUACCCUGGGUCACCACCGGGCUCAAAUGCUCCCUGGUGGACUUGUGACAUGCUUCUGGCUUCAGAAGCCAAGGACAGGGCUGCCACCAGAAAUUUUGGGCCCCUGACAGAGCCCACCAUCUGGGCCCCCCGGGGCCUGCCCCCCAGGUCAAUCCACAUGACCUGCCCCCAAAUCCAUACACAGGGCACAUCUUAAGUCCACCCACAAGGAUGAAGUGUGUGUGUGUACUGAAUUUGUUUGUGUGUAUAUAGUGGCUAUAGAAUGUGUGUAGUGGAUACAAAGUGUGUGAGUAAAGUGGAUACGCUGUUUAUAGUGGAUUCAGAUUGUAUGUUUGUGUAGUAGACAGAGUGUGUGUGUAUAGUGGAUGUAUUGUGUGUAUAGUGAAUGCUGUGUGUGUGUGUUUGUGUACUGGAUGUAGUAUAUGAAUAGUGAAUGCAGAUUGCGUGUUUGUGUAGUGGAUGUAGUGUGUGUAUAUAGUGACUGCAGAGUGUAUGUCUGUGUAGUGGAUGCUGUGUGCGUGUUUAGUGGAUGAUGAUGUGUAUGGUUGUGUAGUGGAUGAUGUGUGUGGUUGUGUAGUGGAUGCAGUUUGUGUGUUUAUGUGGUGGAUGAUGCGUGUGGUUGUGUAGUGGAUGAUGUGUGUGGUGGAUGAUGUGUAUGGUGGAUGAUGUGUAUGGUUGUGUAGUGGAUGAUGUGUGUGGUUGUGUAGUGGAUGAUGUGUGUGGUUGUGUAAUGGAUGCAUUGUGUCUGUUUGAUGUAUGUGUGUGGUGGAUUGUGCGACAAAUGCUGCUGGGAGGUAUUUAUUUUUUAUGUAGAAUUUUUAUAAUAAUAAAAAAAAAAAGAAAAAAAAAAUGUAUUCCCCCCUCCCUGCCUCUUACCUGUAGCCAGAGAGGGGGGGGGGGACACUGGAUUCCCUGGUGGUCCGGUGGCUCCGCUUGUUGGGCCAGCAAGGAGGAGCCCAGCAGACUCCCUCCAUGUUCUCCUUCCUGCAGCCAGUGCUCUAUUUAUGAUGCAAGCCCAGCAUGCAUUGCGUGCCGCGGAGCGUUGUCAUGACAACCCGCGGCAUCACUUUACUGCUGUGGCUCGCGAGAGUGCUGGAGGGGAAGGUAAGUAUAUCCUGGGCCCGCAGAGGCAUAUAUACAUAGCGGUACCCCCAGGGCCGGAUUAACAUAGGGGCUGAUGGAGCUGCAGCUCCAGGCCCAGACCCAUGGAAUAGGCCCAUUGAUGUAAAAAAAAAAAAAAAAUUUUUUUUUUUUCUUUUUUUUUACACACACUACUAUUAGGGUUGCCAGGUAUUUCUCAUGUAUUUCUUAUGGUUGCCAGGUAUUUCUCAGAAGUAUUUAUCAGGUAUUUGAGGCUGCCUAGCCGGUGCCGGUAUUGCAGUAAUACCGGCAAUACAAAUGUCUAUCUCAGUAUAAACAGAUUAUUCUGCAAUACCAGCGCCAGCCAGUAGGGGUCGCUGUUUGUGUGGAGAGAGGCAGGGAUAAGAAGUUACAGCAUCUGCCUCUCUCUACUCACUGAUCCGCGAGGGAGCAGCUCUGCACAGAGAGUCCAGACAGCAGUUACGAGCCUGCGAGACAUGGGGACGAUGAGAGACUUGGGGACACUGAGACUUGGGGACACUGAGACAUUGGGACACUGGGAGACAUAGGGACACUGGGGAACAUGGGGACCCUGAGACACUAGGGACACAGUGGCUCCAUGUCUCCCAGUGGCCCCUAGUCUCUCAGUGUCCCCAUGUCUCCCAGUGUCCCUGAUGUCUCUCAGUGUCCCCAGGUCUCUGUGUCCCCAUGUGUCCUCAUGUCUCUCAGUGUCCCCAUGUCUCUCCAUGUCCCCAUGUCUCUCCCAGUGUCUCAUUGUCCCCAUGUCUCCCAGUGUCCCAAUGUCUCUAAGUGUCCCCUAGUGUCCUAGUGACAUCGGGACACUGGGAGACAUAGGUACACAGACUCUAAGGGACACUGGGAGACAAGGGGAUACAAAUACUAGGGGACACUGGGCGACAUGGGGACACUGAGACACUAGGGGGCACUGAGAGACAUGAGGACACUGGGCGACUUUGAGACCUGGGAGACAUGGGGCACUCCCAGUGUCCCCAUGUCUUCCAGCCAGUGUCCCUAGUAUCUCAGUAUCCCUUGUCUCCAUGUACCUGGUGUCUCUCAGUGUCUGCAGUGUGCCAGUGUCCGCAGUGUCUCAGUGUUUCCUAGUCUCCCAAAGUCCCCUAGUCUCCCAGUGUCUCAGUGUCCCAAUGUCCCUUAGUGUCCCCAUGUCUCCUAGUGUCACCUAGUAUAAAAAAAAAUCUCAGGCACUCACUGUGAUAGAUUUAAGUCUAGUGAGCAAUCAGAGAGAAGCUGUUAUAUUUCUACUCCUGUCUCUAUUCUGCCUGUGAAUACCUUAUGAGUUAAUAAUUACUCAAUCAUUUCUAUUUCACAGAGAGAUUUUUCACCUAUUUUUUAAUUCUUCAAGUUUAUUCAAGACAGGCAUUAGAUAAGUGUCUCAGGGUCCCCAUGUUCCCCAGUGUCCAUAUGUCUCCCAGUGUCCCAAUGUCUCAGUGUCCCCAUGUCUCCCAGUGUCCCUGAUGUCUCUCAGUGUCCCCAGGUCUCAGUGUCCCUAGUCUCUCAGUGUCCCCAUGUCUCUCCAUGUCCCCAUGUCUCUCCCAGUGUCUCAUUGUCCCCAUGUCUCCCAGUGUCCCAAUGUCUCUAAGUGUCCCCUAGUGUCCAAAUGACAUCGGGACACUGGGAGACAUAGGUACACAGACUCUAAGGGACACUGGGAGACAAGGGGAUACAAAUACUAGGGGACACUGGGCGACAUGGGGACACUGAGACACUAGGGGGCACUGAGAGACAUGAGGACACUGGGCGACUUUGAGACCUGGGAGACAUGGGGCACUCCCAGUGUCCCCAUGUCUUCCAGCCAGUGUCCCUAGUAUCUCAGUAUCCCUUGUCUCCAUGUACCUGGUGUCUCUCAGUGUCUGCAGUGUGCCAGUGUCCGCAGUGUCUCAGUGUUUCCUAGUCUCCCAAAGUCCCCUAGUCUCCCAGUGUCUCAGUGUCCCAAUGUCUCCUAGUGUCACCUAGUAUAAAACAAAUCUCAGGCACUCACUGUGAUAGAUUUAAGUCUAGUGAGCAAUCAGAGAGAAGCUGUUAUAUUUCUACUCCUGUCUCUAUUCUGCCUGUGAAUACCUUAUGAGUUAAUAAUUACUCAAUCAUUUCUAUUUCACAGAGAGAUUUUUCACUUAUUUUUUAAUUCUUCAAGUUUAUUCAAGACAGGCAUUAGAUAAGAGCAGUAGAUAGGGGCUGCAAUCUGAAACAAGUUACCAACCCCAUACAACUGAGGGUUAAAGCAACUGUAGCUAAUUAGUAUCCUCUUUAUGCUCUCUCCGUUUUGCAACAAUAUUGCAAUACUGUGAUAAUACAGAAGCCCUAACCUGACAGCUAUCUGACUCAGUUUCUUCACUCAAACUGUCUCCUAUAUUGAAUUGCAUUAACCAAAAUUAGGAGAAGAGAGAUUGCAACAAUUUGUAAUUACAAACAACCUUCUGCUAGUUCUAUAUUACCAUAUUGUAGAAUCAAUGACAUCAGCCAUCUGCUCCCUGUAUCCUAGACACCUACUCAGUGUGAUAUAAGAAAAUCCAACUCCUGAUAGAGACCUCACUCAAUAAAGUCAGAGAUUAGGACAAUUGGACAACUUUAUAUUCUUUAUCUAUUUCUGCAUAUACCAUCUAUUUUUCUGAGUAGGUAGAGGUAUAGCCAGUUGGCUUUGGAUUUGCUAUCUGACCAUUAAUAUAAGUCGUGUGCAGCAUUCUAUCAAAGAGCAUACAUUUCCUCAUCUUGUGUUCCUUUCCAGCUAACACCGACAUUCAGAGUCUUUUAGCUCUGGAAAUAGGUAGUUAUUAUUACGCUGUGAUAGAUUUAAGCAGAUUUAUUGGACACCGCAAUGUUUCAACCUGUAACCAGGUCUUUAUCAAGUCUCCAGUGUGCCCCAUGUAUCACAGUGUCCCCUGUGUAUCAGAGUGUCUCAGUGCCCCAUGUCUCCCAGUAUCCCUGGUGUGUUUUAGUGUCUCAGUGUCCCCAUGUCUCACAGCGCCCCCAAGUGUCUCAGUGUCCCCUAGUAUAAAAGAAAAAAAUCUCAGGCACUCACUGUGAUAUAUUUAAGCAGGUUUAUUGGACACCACAACAUUUUGACCUGUACCUAGGUCUUUAUCAAGUCUCCAGUGUCCCCUAUAUAUCAGUGUCCCCUAUGUAUCACAGUGUCUCAGUGCCCCAUGUCUCCCAGUGUCUCUCAUGUCUCAAAGUUACCCAGUGUCCCCAUGUCUCCCAGUUUCCCCAAGAGUCUCAGUGUCCCCAGGUCUCUCAGUUUCCCAAUGUCUCUCAAUGUCCUCUAGUGUCCUAGUGACAUAGCGACACUGGGAGACAUGGGGACACAGACACUAAGGGACUGGGAGACAUGGGGACACAGACUUGCCCCCUUUUUGUGUAUGUUCGCACCUUUCGGCAGUUCUGGUUAUGUGUUUUGUGUCAGUGGCCCACCCUUUUUCCCUGUCCAUAGACUUCCUGCUUUACAGGACACUGCUGUUAGGGGGUAUAGGUUUACUUGAAAGAUGAAAGCGUGGGUAUGUGUUUUCUCAUAGCUGCAUCCUAUGAGUUUCCCUCCAGUACCAUCUCCAUCAGAUACAUGACGCUUAGGACGUAGGACUGUUUUAGUAUUUUUGGUAAAUAAAAUUUUGUAACUAGGCCCGUCAUAAUUGUCAGCACCAGGCCCACUGGGCUCUUAAUCUGGCCCUGGGUACCCCCCAGGACCAUUGGGCCUUGACAACCGUCAUAGUUGUCACCCCCUGAUGGCGGCCCUGGCCAAGGAGAUUGCCUUUCAUUGGCUGAGAGUGUCAGUUGACAACUCUCUGCCAAUGACUUAAAUUCUGUGCAAUGAAACUUGAAUAUAAUUGACAUUACCCAGCAUUGAGCUCUAGUGCCAGGCUGGCUGACGACACCAUAUGUUGUUGCUGGAGGUGGGGUUAUACCAAUGGAAGUAUCACUAAAGUGGUUGUGGUGUUUGGAGUAACCAUUUAAUGUGUUGCACAGUUUUCUCCCCUUUUUGGUGUGUUUUUUUUCCUGUCAGAUUUUUUCCUCUGCUGCUUAGUUUGCCCCCUAACCAAACAUUUUGCUUUGCAUACACACAAUUACUCUGUAAAUGCAAUGGAUUUCUCAGUUUUUCUGUCACCUUUUUGCACCAAAACAAGUGUUCUGUUCCACUUCUCUACUUUCUAUCAUUCCAAAGUUUGACUUUUGUAAAAUUGAUAUGUCUGCAAAAGAAAUGGCAGAAUCUAGGGCAGAGAAAAUCUGACAAUUUUAAACCAUUUUUCACACAAUGUAAUAAAUACGUUUUAGACAAACGUUUUCAGAACAAAAUCUCAACCUCUGUCUCUAUUUUAAUUAGGAGGUCUGUGGAAAUAAGAUUUGGAAACAGAGUAAAUAUGAGAAAAACAUUAUUUCAAUAUAACAUAAUGAAAAAUAAUGUAUUGCAUAAAUAAAACUAAAAUUCAACACUACCCAUUACUGAUGCAUAUAUAAAAAAGGAUUGUGAAGAACAGACAAAGGAAUUUCAAGUUUUAUGUAAAAAUGAAUGAAAUAAUACAGCCUCUGCUGCUGUUUUUAUUUAUUUUUUCUUCUUAAAUUUACCUAUUUUGGUCUUAAAGGUAUAUUAUAUUAGUGCAUAAGCCUACAAGUGAGUACCUGGCGAUCAUGAUGCUAUUACAAAGGAUCUGCUGGCACCUACUGGCUGAACAUAAGUAUUACUGUUCCUAAGAGGAAGAGUCAGAUUUGACAGGUAUGUACUUAUAUAUGUUCAUAUGAGUUGAAGUUGGUUGACUUUGUCUCUACAAUCCUUCUGUUGAAUCAGGAUGAUGGACGUGUCCUCUGCCACCUGGCAGACUCUAUUGAAGAAGGUACCAUGCCUCCUGAACUGGUGGACGUCAUAAAGAAGCUUUGGACAGAUGAAGGUGUGCAGGCCUGCUUCGACAGAGCAGCGGAAUAUCAGCUCAAUGACUCUGCUCCCUAGUAAGCAUCUUACUGCAUCUUUCAUCAAAUUAAAUAGACAAUGGGAGUUGUAGUCAAAUCACAACUAAAGUGAUAUAGGUUGAUCAUCCCUCAUUUAUAGCAAACCUGUGGUUUCUUGGUUAUGAUCAUUAAAACAGGUUGUAUCCAAAACUUAAUGGCCAUUAUCUAAAGUGAAAUAGUUGAUGUUAAUUUAGAAUUAAUUGAUGGAGUCUAAUAAUCAACUUUAAAACAAGACAACAUUGACAUUUUCACUCUUUCAUUGACUUCACGCUUUCCAAAUGUGUCUAUUCUUUUUCCCAGUUACUUGAACGAGCUGGACAGAAUCACAGCCACUAAUUAUAUCCCCAACGAACAGGAUGUUCUGCGUUCACGAGUCAAAACUACAGGCAUUAUCGAGACUCAAUUCUCCUUCAAAGAUCUUCACUUUAGGUAUCUUUCCCUCACUGUGCAAACUAGAUAAUAUAUGACAAAUUAAAAUCAGAGAGAAAUUGCCAUGGAAACCAGGUAUAACUGAUAGUUAAGUACUCAAACUCGGGUAUCACACAAAUAGAUAUAUAUUUGUUAUAAAGAGACAGUAUUAAAAGUUAUGUUUUAAAUGGACACUCCAGGCACCCAGACCACUUCUGCCCAUUGGAGUGGUCUGGGUGCCAACUCCCGUCACCCUUAACUCCGCAAGUCUAAUUAUUGCAGUUUUUAUAAACUGCAAUAAUGACCUGGCAGGGUUAAGUCCUCCUCUAGUGGCUGUCAACCAGACAGCCGCUAGAGGAACUUCCAUGUUCUUAGAACAUGAAAAGUGUUUUAAACGACGCUGGACGUCCUCACGUUAUGCAUGAGGACCUCCAGCGUCGCCGGAAUCCCCAUAGGAAAGCAUUGAAACAUUUGGCUGUUAGAGUAGGACCUGCCAAAGAUAGAGUACAAUGACGUUGUUGGAGGCUUAUGCAAUGUAUGAUCAUAUAAUGUAACUAAACCCCCAUUAUUUUUUGCCUAGAUUAGGUGUUUUUAAAAAACAAACAAAAUCUGUCAGCACCAAAGUUGCUGUUUAUUGGAUAAGUGAGUGUGCUGGGUUUUCUUAUGUAUCAUAUUUAAAAUAACCUAUUGGGCAUUAGUCAUUCGGUCCCCACCCCUUUAUUAUGAAAUAAAACCUGCAAAAAGAAGCUUCCCUGAAAUCCGCCAUCGAGCAAAGCUCCAAGCACUGCCUUCCACCACCACCUUUCUCACAUGAUACAUUCAAAUGCUUCUCGUAGAGAAGCACUUGAUUUGACCAUUUCAGUGACUCAGAUCGCGUGAGCGGCAAAGGAAGUAGGUGGACAUGGGAAGGAAGAAGGAAGUAAACAAUUUUAAAAAGAAAACAAGCAUUAGUGUAAUAAGGAGGCAGGAGGGAUCAAAUGAAAAAGGGAGGGAAAUGUGGAUUUCCUUUGCAGGUGUGCUAUCUGCAAGGGAAACUCUCAAUACAUCUGUCACCAGCACGCGGAGUGCACUCAUGACAGACGUAAUUUUUGCACAGGAAUAACAUUAAGCAGCCUGGAACAGUCAUGUGUGCCAGGGGUGUAAUAUCUCUGUAUGUGCAGAGUUCCAAGAUUUUAAAAGCAGAAGUGGUUAUGGUGGUUGCAGUAACCCUUUAAUAUGAACAUAAAUGCUAGGCUUGACAAAGACCCAAUCUAGGAUCGAAACGUUGCAGUGUGCCUUAUGUUCAAAUAAAUGUGCCUGAAGUUAUUGGAGUGCCUGGACACUUCUCUGUUACCUGCAUUUAUCAUUGUUAGACUCGUGCUGGCCCAUGGUUUAAUUUAACACCCGUGGCUUAUGUGGAUUGAGUGCGGUUCCCAUUGAUAUAUUUUUAAUAAAUGUUAAGCAUGUCAUAACACUGCAAUCAGUCAAAUAGAGAGAACGCGUGCGCAUAUAAUAUAUAGAGAGAACGCGUGCGCUAGGGGUACCUGCAGAAAUGCAGUAUUAAAGGACCACUCUAGGCACCCAGACCACUUCAGCUUAAUGAAGUGGUCUGGGUGCCAGGUCCAGCUAGGGUUAACCCAUUUUUAAAUAAACAUAGCAGUUUCAGAGAAACUGCUAUGUUUAUUAAUGGGUUAAGCCUUCCCCCAAAGCCUCUAGUGGCUGUCUCAUUGACAGCCACUAGAGGCGCUUGCGUGCUUCUCACUGUGAUUUUCACAGUGAGAGCACGCCAGCGUCCAUAGGAAAGCAUUGUAAUGCUUUCCUAUGUGACCGGCUGAAUGCGCGCGCAGCUCUUGCCGCGCGUGCGCAUUCAGCCGACGGGGCGGAACGGAGGAGGAGAGCUCCCCGCCCAGCGCUGGAAAAAGGUAAGUUUUUACCCCUUUCCCCUUUCCAGAGCCGGGCGGGAGGGGGUCCCUGAGGGUGGGGGCACCCUCAGGGCACUAUAGUGCCAGGAAAACGAGUAUGUUUUCCUGGCAUUAUAGUGGUCCUUUAAGUAUGAAGUUUGAAACACUGAGUCUGUCUGUGCUCAUUUGAAUGUGAAGCUGAGAACAAGCUUGACAUUGUGGAAACAAUGCCCAAGGAGGACUCCUUAAAGUCCAGUUUGAGAUAUGCAGGUGAUGCAUAACGAGAGAGAGUGUUCAACAGGAUAGCAACAUACCUAUGAGUAGAGUCAGGUUGAUCUGAAACAACGUCAUAUCAAUCUCAACUGAAGCCCAACAAGUAAUAAAAGAUCCUCCUAAGGUCACUCAUUUAGACCGGUAGAAAGGAGAUUUAAUCUAAGGCAAAGGAAAGUUUUUUUGUUUUUCUUUUACCAUAAAAGAAAUAAGGACGUGAAAUUCUCUGCCAGAAGAGGUGGUUUUAUCAGAGUCUGCACAGAUGUUUAAACAGCAACUGGAUGAAUACUUGCAAAAACAUCAUUUUCAGGAAUAUAAUUGGGGUACUAUCUACUUGAUCCAAGGAGAGAUCUGACUACCAUGCUUGGGUCAAGAAGGAUUUUUUUUUCCUAGUUUGCUGCAAAAUUGGAAAGCACUUCGAAUUGUUUCUUUUGCCUUCAUUUGGAUCAACAGCAAAUACAGAUGUGAGAAAGGCUGAACAUGAUGGAUGCAUGUCUCUUUUCAGCUAUGUUAUUACUAUGAUAUGAUGCAAAUACUCUACCCAUUUCACAGGAUGUUUGAUGUCGGUGGUCAGAGGUCAGAGCGCAAGAAGUGGAUUCACUGCUUUGAGGGAGUGACCUGUAUCAUAUUCUGCGGAGCCCUGAGUGCAUAUGACAUGGUUCUGGUGGAAGAUGAGGAAGUGGUAAGAAUUGUUUACAGUCUUUUGGCCUGUAAACCAAGUCUUCUGCACAGAUAUAUGCAACAUGCAGAAGUGGGCAGAUUGUGUUUCAUCAGCUAAAAUGUUUGUGACAUAAAAGGUUGUAUAGUGAACCAAAACAAUUAUCCUAAUAGUGUUAAAAAAACAAAACAAAAACACCUUUGCUCUUUUCAUCCAAUGGCACAGACUUCCAGGAACUAUACAAUAGGAAAUCCAAUUUAAAGUGGCACUGUCACUUGUGGGGCCUGGAGGAUUUUGCAAACCUAUCAAAUUGACAAGUCCGCUUGUGUGAAGAUGGCUGUGGGGGAGAAGUUGUUAUAUAACAUACCUUAAUUUCUCCUUUUGAACUAUGAUUGCACUCUUGUGCAUGCACAAGACUACAAAAUUAGGCUUGUGGAACAUCCAGUGAGACACAAUAAAGUCUCAAGUUUGUCUCAGGUGCAUCUUUUGAUUGCAAUGAAAUAUCAAAGAAAUAUAAAACACUGUCAAAAAGAGCUUUUCAGAAAGAUUCUAAAAGCUUAAACGUGACAAUGCCUCUAUAAAAAUAAACAGACAGACCAUGUAGUGGGGUGUAACAUUUAGAAGCUCAAGUUAAGCUAGAUACAGUAAAUGAUAAAGUAUUUAACCUGGAAAGGUACAUUAUCUACUGGUUUCAAAGUACAUCCUGUAAAUCAGUUCAACAUUAAUCAUCACUGUGAGGUUUGAAAUGUCAGAUGUGUCCAUCUGUCGUUAUCCUACAACUAUCUUUUUUAAUCUAUUGUUUUGGCAAGAUCUUUUAAUGCAUUUUAAAUUAGGAACAGGUCUACUCCAGCCCGAAGUAUAUUUAGCUUUGAUGGUGUCCUGUUUGACACUUUGUAAAUCACUAAUUUCCAUUUUAUUUAAGAUUGUUCCAUGAUUAUCAUCAUCACUUAUUUAGCGCCAUCAUACUAGGCAGCGCUUUGCAAUUAUAAAUGAUGAUAGCAUCUUCCAUUAAUGAGAUUUGUUUGGUUAACAUAAAAAUUAAAUUUUUUAUUUAACAAUGUUAGCAUUUAAAACAGCUUAUUCACUUGUGGGUUUUUGCAUUUUUUGCAAAUACUUGCCAAGGUGAUAUGCCUGCUUGCAUUGUGUUACCAGUUGGUAGCAUGUGUGGAGGGGUGACAUGCUCGUCUGAUGCAUCGUCAAACUUCAUAUCCGGCCAGACACAGCAACAUCAACGUUUUGUAAACAAGUGCAUGCACAACUACCAAACAGGAGACUAUGGAAGAACCAGCAGGAUCCUCUGUAGAUGACCUCACACUAACAUACAACAGUCAUGCUAUGGAUAUUGCACAGAAUGGUACCUAUUCCCAAUAACUGGGAAUUUAUCCAUUUAUAUUGGAUUUGUCUUUGGUGCUCUACCAUUUAACAAAAAAAACCCCCAAAAAAACGAUAACUAACUUGUGCAUACAGAUAAAUUACUUAGGCAAUGGCUAGGUUUACUGUAAUUGCCCCAAAUGUUCAUAUAUCUCUUAUUUUGUAGUGUUCAUAGGGUAAAGCACCUUUGGGUGACAUCUCCCUGGUUAAACCAUUUGAGUGGUUUGACAGGGCUCUCAGGCACCUAAAGGGUGGUUCCUCUACUGCAGUCGUUAACCUUUGCAUUACAAUCUUAGAACUGCAACGUUGAUGGGCCGAGUGUUGGGUGUUAAAGAACAGCUAUUUGAAAAACUAUUUGAAGCAAUAUCAAGUAUUCACUUUGUUGCAGUAUAAACUUGGAAUUCUUAGCCCAAGUUCCCUUUUUUCACAAACAUCACAGAAGACAAUUCAAAGUUAUAAAUAUGCUCUGUAUCAUAUGCCAUAUUUGUUUAUGCUUGUUUCCCCUUUGUAGAACCGGAUGCACGAGUCUCUUCAUCUCUUUAACAGUAUCUGUAAUCAUAAAUUCUUUGCUGCAACAUCCAUUGUUCUCUUUUUGAACAAAAAAGACCUAUUUGAGCAGAAAAUUAAGAAAGUCCACCUGAGCAUCUGUUUUCCAGAUUACGAUGGUAAGGCACCUAGUAGUUACCACAAUCACAUUGACACAUUGUUUGUAAUGUAGAAAUCUGUUGAUCUGAGAUUAGUACUUACAGAACAGUGAUUUUUGGUGACAAUCUUUUAGCAGCUAGACUGAUGGCAUUGAUCUUCUAGGUCUAUGGUACUAAGAUGAACCAAGUCAUUUGAGAGAGCAGACAUCACCAUAUUGCACAUUUUCACAGUUCAUAUCUAAUAAAAAGGCAUUGGUAGAGCAUCACUAAAAUUUGAACAUAAUCCCUCCUGCAGGUUCAAACACAUAUGAAGAUGCUGGAAACUAUAUAAAGAAUCAAUUCCUCGACUUGAACAUGAGAAAAGAUACAAAAGAGAUCUAUGGUCACAUGACCUGUGCCACGGACACAAAGAAUGUGAAGUUCGUGUUUGAUGCGGUGACCGAUAUCGUCAUUAAGGAGACCCUGAAAGACUGUGGGCUCUUCUGAGAUUUCUGGCAUCUUUUAGUGCUCUGAUCUUAUCUCCUAUUUUCUACUUCUACAGGAUGAAAUGAAGAGGACCUUUGCAGGAAACCUAUGCCCCAUAACUUCAAAACAAAGCCGAUCAUCAAAAACAUAGAACCCUCCACUCACGCUAAUCGUAGUAACAGCAGGCCAAUAAUGAAUAUAAAUGCAUAUAUAAAACGGACUCUACAACAAGCUUUGAAUGACACACUGGUGAUCAAUCAAACACAGAUACUCAUUAUAGUAAAAGACUUCAGGCCAACAGAUGCAUACUGUUGGUCAUCCACACCUCCACCAUAUGUAUACCCCACUACCCAGUGUAUGAUACAACUAUUACCCUGCAACUUUUACUAUAAAUAUGUCACCCACUAAAAUUAAUAUAUCAACCCCUCUGGCCAAAAUGCCAGAACAUUAUUUAUGCAUUAAACUUAUUAAGCAGUGUGAAAUUUUAUUUUUACUUAAUGUAAUAAUCACCAUAGAAAGAAGAAAUGUCCACUCUUUCACAUGCUGCAACUUUAACAAAUGAAAAUAGAAUUUAUUUACAUGGUUGGGUGGGGACUUGCACUUACUAGAAAAUGUAAGCCGGUACAUUACUUUGUUAACAAACUUUUCUUUUCAAAUGUCUGGCUGAAAUAUUCAUCUUCAGAUUGGUAGCCUUGUAUACACAUUGUUAUGGUCAAAUGGCAAACAUAUGUAAAGCUGAAAAUAUACUUACAUGUAGACCACUUUCUGGUCAUUGAGAAGUAGACAGGGUGGUUGUGUAUAGCCUUUCCACAUCCAAAUAAUACACCCAAUAACCCUUCAUUCUUUGAACUCCGUGGCAAUCCAGAAGUUGCGGGAUGGCUGUAUGUGCAGAGAAGUGAAAACUACGAGGGCCAUUUGCUAAAAUGGGAACGGACCAGGGAAUACAAAGUUUAGGUCAAAAUCACUGACAUACACACACAUUCACUGACAGGCAUACACAAUCACUCAGACAGAGAGACAUACACUGACAUUCACCAACAGCCAGAGAAACACUAGCUCGGGAGAGCUGGGUGUAUUUUUUUUUUUUUUACUUGGGGUCCAGUGGGGCUGCUGGUCGGGCAGGGAGGGAGGCAGUCGGGCGGCCAGUUGAGGUCCAGGCAGGCGGUGAGGGAGCGCUGAUUUGUGAGCUCUCCCUGCUUAGCUCACGGCAUCACUCUGCGGCAUGCGAGGGAGCUGAGCAGAGAGCCCUCACAAAUCAGCAUACCCACUGGCCGACCGCCUGGAGUCCAGACAGCAGUCUGCCACCACGCUAACAAGGAAUUUGCAAAUACAUCGCUGGAUAACCCUGCAUUUUUGUCUGACUGGGAAGAGUAAAAAUAAAAAAUAUACACAAUUUCUUACUAUACCGCUGGUAGUACAAAAUAUAGAUCAAUGUCCGAUAAACCAAUACAAAGGCUUGUUAUAGAUAAAGACAUUUAUCUUUCUUGUUUUGUAGAGUCAUGUACGAACUGGGUUCUAAGAUCUGCUGUACCAUAAAGUGACUUUGUAGGCACUAUAUAAGCAUUUAAUCUUAUUGAAUUGGAUAUAGUGUCUGGAGUCCCCUUAACAGUGUUAAAGGGACACUCCAAUAAAUGUUUUGCAGAAUGCUGCACCAUAAGCCUGACUCUUUAGCCACACCCCUCACUACAGAAGACUUAUCAAAAAUGUAUGCACGCUCAGCCACCGACAGCACGGAUUUGAACAACCAAACAAUCUGCAGUAGGAGAGGAUUCCCCCGGGAGGCAUAUUGUAAGGCUAUCUAUUGACGUCCGGACUGUCCCUUUAAGAAAUUUUGUGGACUGUUUAACACAGAAUAACUAUACCUGGCUUCCCAUAGCCUGCCCCCACUGGAGUGGAUUUCAGCCUAUCACUGUUGCCCACUGCUGCUCAGACUAGUGCUUCCUCAUUUUAACACUGACUGGAAGGAUGGCGUCAGGGGACUUCAGACACUGAUGUAACUUCAAUGAUGUAAGCAAUUAUAAUGCCUACAGUGUCCCUUUAAUAUAUAUCAGGAGAUUGAGAACUUCUGGGCUUUUAGGAUGCAUUUUAAUAUAUACAUUUUCUUUCAUGAUUGUGACUUUUUACACGGCACUCUAAGCCCUUUAUCCAUGCAUUAUCGUUACAAAUCUGCCCUACUUUGAAUUGCAAUAAGUGGCUACGAGCACUGGGAUGGCAAAGGCAAACAUUUGCAAUCUAGGAUUGCUGCCCAUGGUUAACAAAAAAUAUAUAUAGUGGCAUUUCAGGUCCUUUUCAGAUACAAGGGUGAGAAUGUUUGUUAACAUUUCAAAAUUCUCUUUAACCCUGCACUUAAGUUUACCUAAAAUGACAUCUAAUAAUGUCAAUUUUAUUAACAUAAUACCACAAAUCAUGCUUUAUAAUCAUUUUAUUGAUCUAUGUUUUUCUUCUAAAAAAAGGGAACAUUUAGACAUGUCUCAUGUCGAUCUAUCCUGUCCACUGGCCUGGGAAUGAAUGGGCCAAAUCAUGAAUUAUGUAGGAAUACAGAUAGAUUAUUAUUGUAGACCCGGUUCUGUAUGAGCAUCACAGGAAGUGUAAAAAAAAAAAAUCUGCCAUCACCGUUUUAAGGUGAUAAAAAAAAAAAAAAACACAGGCAGGUGCAUAAGAAACUGGAAGCACUAAUGAAAAUGUGAAGAAAAUUUUGAAGAAUAUAAAUAUUUCAUAUAUCACCUCGUGCUAUACAUCACAGGAAAGGGGAAUAUCAGUAAGUAUAUAAACAUUGUAUAUUAAGGAGAAGGGUAGGAAUAAAUAAGCAAAUCUUACAAUUGAACGUCCAUGCUCUUCUAAUUUGUGAAAAUACGUUUAUAGUUUUUAAGCUGUGAUGAUUAAGGUAGAAUCUUGUUUUUAUGAUAAAAGGUCAGCCUAUUUGUAAAUAAAAGUGAGAAAACAGAGUGUUUCUAAUUUGCAUACAAAAACUGAUAUGAAUUUACUAUUGCUGCUAUACCAGGCAUUUUAAACCUUUUUUCCAGUGAGGCUUAAAAAGGUAAACUUCUUUUCUAGGUAGUCACCAUAUAUGUUUGAACAAACCUGCUCAAUUUUUAAAGCAUGUAUGUCCACUUAAAAAGUACUCAAACUACACUUUAAAACCAUGUUAAAACAAGUUACUUCGUGUAAAGUUUUGAAUUCAAAGACAG